GACAGGGGGAGAACAGUGAAAAACGAUAAUCUGCCCAAAAAGACCAAAACAAACAGAGAAAGUCUAACUGAGAUGGAACCAAAGAGACCUGGGAUUAUCGGAGACGGAUCACUCUCUAGCAUGGACUAAUCUGGGAAGCGGCACACGUUUCCUUACAUUUGGUUUUCCUGCCCUGAAGUGGACCAGGAGGGGUGAACAUGCAGGAGUCUCCAGGUGUUGCCGGUGUGGACGGCAGCUACGGCAGCAACGUGCCGGCGUUUCUCACCAAACUGUGGACGCUGGUGGAGGAUCCUGACACCAACCACCUCAUCUGCUGGAGCGCUACAGGAACGAGUUUCCACGUGUUUGACCAGGGCCGCUUUGCCAAAGAGGUUCUGCCGAAAUACUUUAAACACAACAACAUGGCGAGCUUCGUUCGACAGCUCAACAUGUACGGUUUCCGUAAAGUGGUGAACAUCGAGCAAAGCGGCCUGGUGAAGCCUGAAAGAGACGAUACGGAGUUCCAGCACCUCUACUUCCUGCAGGGACACGAGCACAUGCUGGAGCACAUCAAGAGGAAGGUGUCCAUCGUGAAAAGCGAGGAGACUAAAGUCCGGCAGGAGGACCUCAGCAAGCUGCUGUAUGAAGUUCAGCUUCUGAGGACGCAGCAGGACAACAUGGAGUGUCAGAUGCAGGACAUGAAGCAGCAGAAUGAGGUUCUGUGGAGAGAAGUGGUUUCACUGAGACAGAACCACACACAGCAACAGAAGGUCAUGAACAAGCUGAUCCAGUUUCUGUUCAGCCAGAUGCAGUCCAGCACACCCAGCGCUGUGGGCCUGAAGAGAAAACUGCCUCUGAUGUUGGAUGACGGCUCUCCCAGCCCUCCUUCACCCAAGUUCAGCCACAGCCAUCCCAUAGAGCCGGUGCAUGAAUCCUACUACAUCCACUCACCAUCCAGUGAUACUGCAUCUUGUUCGACGGAUGGACUGACAGGAGGACCGAUCAUUUCAGAUGUUACUGACAUGACUCAGGCCAGCAUGGCCAUUCAGAUGCAGUCUGCUGACAGCAGGCAGAAAAGCAUGAUGCUCAUCAAAGAGGAGCCUGUGAGCCCAGGAGUCCGUGGUGGAGGGAAGGCAGACGCCGCUGACGGAGGAGAGGCGGUGGCCAUGACCUCCACCUGUCAGGUCUGCUCCUCUGAGCCUCCAGUCCUCCCGGUCGCCAUGGUGCAGUCUGUCCUGGAGGGGAGGGGCUCCGUAGCCUCCAUGGUGGAGAGGAGGAACAGGAGACCCGCCCUGGACCGAGCUGAGCUUCCAGAGUCGGUGGAGAACGUAGACAUGAGUCUGGAGGAGCUGCAGCAGCUGCUGCUCAGGAGCCACCAGCAGAGCGCCAUGGAAGCUGGAGCCGGCGCCGUAAUGGAUCCUUUCAGUUUAAGCCUUCCUCUGACUGAGUGGAACUUCACAGAGAUGGAAUCCAACCUGAAAUCUUACAUGUUCCAGAAUCAGGAAGCCGAGGUUUUUCCUGCAGCAAGCUGUGAGGAUCAGUGAGUCUGAGCCGCGGACUGUUGCAUUUUAUCUGAACGGCCACAGAAGCUGCUGUUCCGCUCAUUAUUCCACUCCACAGGAGUUUGAACUCACGGCCCUGCCAGGCUGUUUCCACGCUGCUUUAUUUCCAAUCUGUCCACAGAAGGACAUCUGCAAGGAAAGGGACAAUGGGACAAUUUCCUAACUACUUCCUGGUUAGCUGGCUGCCAUGGAUUUGAUGUCCACAUCUGCAGUUAAGGAAACAAAAUAAUGUUGUAAAAAUUCAAUUUGACUCAUUUACAGCCAGAAGGAUGCAUUCUUGGCUUCUGCACUUUAGUCUUUGUGUGAGUUCUAGGUUGUAGAUGUGAUUUUUUUUCUUCCUAUAAAUAAUCUAUACAAAUGUUUUCUAUUAUUUAACAUGAGAAUCAUGGGGGUUAGUGUAGAAUAUUUCACAAGCAAGUUUUCUUAGUCUGCUUAGAGGCUCCUCAACUCUUCCUCCUAAAGAAGUGUUCACUGCAAAAACACAAAAUCUUACAAAAUAUUUUGUUCUAAUUUCUAGUGCAAAUACGUUAGUGCUCUUGAAAUAAGACCAAACGAGCUGACAGGCAACUUUUGAGCAAUAUAUAGGCCCUUGUUUUAGUUGAAUAAUGUCUUAAUAUUAGGGAAAAGUAAUGAGGAGAUUAUUUCACUUGCAACAAGUCUUGUAAAAAGUCUUAUCAGUGAAAAAAUCUGUCAGUGAAGCUAAUAAUUUUCAUUAACAUUAAGGAAUUAUUGACUUAAAACAGCUUCUUAUAUCUUGCUAAAAAUGUUACAAGUCAGUAUUGUAUUUUUUAAGUGUAUCAAGAUAUUUGGAUAGAAAGUAGGCCAAAAAUACUUGGUAAGAUUUCUUUUUUUUGUGGUGUUAGCCUUGUUGAUACUUCAAGCGAAAGUGUAAAUUUAAACCAAACUAACUCAUUAAUAUUGAGUUAGUGUUUUAUUGAGGGUAAAAGAGAAACCAACACAAACAGCUCCCACUUUAACGCAGACAAAGCCCCAAUGUGUUUGUCCAUCUACAUCCUGCCAACACUCCAACCAGAACCCAAACCCAGACAACCAGAUGAUGAUGAUGAUGGAUGGACUGAAGUGCGUCACACCGGGGAGUUUAACCUACUUAUUUCAUAUGUCCUUGCAAUUAUUUAACAUGUAGCCAAAAAGUUAUAUUUUUUUGUUUUUACUUGUGAAACAAUGAAAAAGCAUAACCAGUUCUGCAUUUUGCACAAUUUGCAUCCCAGCAUGGGGAGAACAUUGAGAUUAGGCCAUUAAUUUUCUGUUUUUAGAAGGCAGACACUUGGAGCUCAAUGAGAGUCGCUGCAGGAAAUGGAAACUAUUUGAGAUGCAAUGUUCAUCAGUGGAGCAGUAUUAUGUAAAAUUUACUUCUUUUUUUUUACUUUACAUCAUAUUCGUAAUGUUAUUCCCUCAUCAA